GAGGUUUGCCGAAUAAAUAAUAAAUGUUCAUAUAGUGCCGACGCCACAAAAAGAGACAGACGCAAAGUGCAAAAAAAAAGAAUAAAAAAAGAAAAGGGAAUAAGAGGGAGAAAAGAAGAAGACAAAAGAAGAAGAAGAAGAAGAAGAAGGAGCGAAGCGUAGAACGCGCGGCAAAUACCAAUAAAAAAAACCAUUAGUUUUUGUUGUGUGCAAUAGAAAAAGUAACGCCAUCAACCGCAUUUCUUGCAGAUCUAUUGACGUGCUGAGGCGGUCGAAUCAGCCGGUUACCUAUGGGAAAGAAAAAGACCGACGCCCGUGACACAGAUGCCGCAACCACCCCGCUGACCACAGACAACUCCACGUCCGAAUCGGAAUCAGACUCUGGCUCCAGUGUCAAGGCAAAGCUAAAAUCAAAGACCAGGGCCAAGAAAAAUAAUGUCAAACGCCCUAGAGGCAGCAGCUCCAGCUCCGAAACCGAGCAAGCAGUAGCCGCGUCCACGGACCAAAAGCCCGCCCCCAAGAUUCGUAUUGUGCCGCUGGCACAGCUGCUGGCCAGUCCAAAGAAUAGGAGGAACAAUCAGAACAAGGAGGAGGAAUCCAACCAACCGGGCCAAUUCCGCAUUAGGCCGCUGGCACAGCUGCUAGCCAGUCCGCCUGGGCAGUCGAACAUUCGGCCACUGCAAAGGCUGCUAGCCAGUCCCACCAACCAGUUGCCCAGGAGCCGGCAAGAGGAGAAGUCCCAGGAGUCGCGUUUUGUGUUGCCCCCGCGCAAAAGUCGAAACAAGAACGCUUCCAUCAUCGAGCUAAGCACCAGUGAAGAGGAAGACGAUUUGCCUGAGCUGGUGGAUAAUCCGCUUAAUAACGCGAAAAAAAAGACAGCAGACAACUCCAAGCCAGCAUCAAGUGAAAAGUCCUCCAAAGGGAGCUCUCUGCAGGCAAGGAGACUUGAAAGCAGGACAGUCCCAUCCAGCGAAGACGAAGAGAAUCUGCUGGUUCCACUAGUUAAAGGGAAGAAACAAGAAGACAACUCAAAAAAAUCAUCCAAAGCGAGCUUUGCGCCAGCAAAGAGGGCUGAAAGCAGAACAGUCUCAUCCAGUGAGGAUGAGGAGAAUCUUUUAGUUCCACUGGUCAAAGGCAAGAAACAAGAAUCGGACAACUCCGAGUUAACAGCAAAGAGGACUAAACGAAGGAUAGUCUCAUCCAGCGAAGACGAAGAGAAUCUGCUGGUUCCACUAGUUAAAAGGAAGGAGCAAGAAGAGAACAACUUCAAGUUAACUUCAAACAAAGAGUCCUCCAAAGCGAGAUCUCCACCAGCAAAGAGGCCUAAAAGCAGGAUAGUAUCAUCCAGCGAAGACGAGGAGAAUCUUCUGGUUCCACUGGUCAAAGGCAAGAAGGAAAAGCCACAGAAGAAAGAACCGCUAAAGAACGGUAACAGCAAGCGGGUAGAGGAGCGCCGGGAGUCGGAAAACAGCGAAAGAUCCCGCAAAACAACCCCGUCACGCUCUGCUACUCCCGCCAGCAAGGCAUCCAGGGAAUCCCAAGUCAACGGGAAGUCCUCGAAAGCCAGCUCUCUACGAGGAAGCUCGCCACCCAGGACCAAGCGCUGUGUGGUGCGCUUGAAGCGUUUUACCUUGCCAAACAAGCCAAAUCCCGCCCAAAAGAAUAGUAAAAUGAGCACAGAUUCCGAAGAGGCGGCCACCACCUCCAAGAAGAGUCGCCAGCGACGAUCCAAAAGCGAAAGCGAACCGGACUCUGACUUUGAGGCACUCAUAGAACAGGUAGAGUCCGAGGAGGAGGAGGAGGAGGAGUAUAAGAAGUCAACCGAGGAUGAGGAGGCGGAAGCAGAAGCGGAGGAGGAGGCGCACAGCAGCGACAGCGAGGUGAUACCGCAGCGCAAGCGCCGCAAGGCUAAGAGCGACUCCGACAAGGGCUCCUCCGACUUUGAACCGGAUGAGAAGACGUCGAAGAAGAAGCGCAAGCGCAUCAAGAAGAACUCCAGUGGGGAGAGUGACGAUGGCGACGAUGAUAAGCAGAAGAACAAGCGCAAGCACAUUCGAAAGAUCAUCAAAACCAAGGAUCUGGAUGUGACCACCAAGGAGGCGGCCAAAGAGGAGGACGACAGAAAAAAACGCAUUGAGGAGCGUCAAAAGCUGUACAAUCGAAUCUUUGAAAAAUCUGAAAGCGUUGAGAUAAACGAACUGAUUCUGGACUUUGAUGAGAAAUCGAAAAAGGCUCUCCUUCAGGUGGAUAAGGGACUGGUGAAGAAGCUAAAGCCCCAUCAGAUGGCGGGAGUCAAGUUCAUGUGGGAUGCCUGCUUCGAGACGCUAAAGGAUGCCGAAGAGAAGCCCGGUUCCGGCUGCAUCCUGGCCCACUGUAUGGGUCUGGGCAAGACUCUACAGGUGGUCACCUUAUCGCACACACUGCUGGUAAACUCAAGUCGUACGGGUGUCGAGCGCGUCCUGGUUAUCUCGCCGCUAAGCACGGUAAAUAAUUGGGCCCGCGAGUUUCAUCAGUGGAUGAAGUUUGCCAACCGCCGAGACAUCGAGGUAUAUGACAUCUCGCGCUACAAGGACAAGCCGACGCGCAUCUUCAAGCUCAACGAAUGGUUUAAUGAGGGCGGCGUCUGCAUCCUCGGCUACGACAUGUACCGCAUUCUCUCGAACGAAAAGGCCAAGGGUUUACGCAAAAAGCAACGCGAGCAGCUACAACAGGCUUUGGCUGACCCGGGCCCGGAUCUGGUUGUCUGUGACGAGGGGCAUCUGCUCAAGAACGAGAAGACCUCGAUAAGCAAGGCGGUAACCAGAAUGCGCACCAAGCGUCGGGUGGUCCUCACCGGCACCCCGCUACAAAAUAAUCUCAGAGAAUAUUACUGCAUGAUUCAGUUUGUGAAACCGAAUCUGCUGGGCACUUACAAAGAGUACAUGAAUCGCUUCGUAAAUCCCAUCAGCAAUGGCCAGUACACGGACUCCACUGAGCGGGAUCUGCGCCUGAUGAAGCACCGCUCUCACAUUCUGCACAAGCUGCUCGAGGGCUGCAUCCAGCGGAGGGAUUACUCAGUUCUGGCCCCCUAUUUGCCGCCCAAGCACGAGUAUGUGGUGUACACCACGCUGUCCGAGCUCCAACAGAAGCUUUAUGGUUACUACAUGACCACGCACCGGGAGCAGAGCAGCUCCGAUGUCUGUGGCAAGGGAGCACGGUUAUUCCAGGAUUUUCAAGAUCUACGACGCAUAUGGACGCAUCCAAUGAACCUGCGGGUAAAUAGCGAUAAUGUUAUCGCUAAGCGUCUGCUCAGCAACGACGAUUCGGAUAUUGAUGGUUUUAUCUGCGACGAGACCGAUGAGGAGGAGGCCGCCUCCAACUCGUCGGACAGCUGCGACUCCUUCAAGUCGGACGCUAGCAUGUCGGGUUUGGCAACGAGCGCUGGCAAGGCGAAAAAGCGAAAGACUCGCAAUGGUAACAACAAUGCUGGGAAUGCAGACAGCGAUUCCGAUGUGGAGUUGCUGAGCGGCUUACCUAGUGGUGCCAGUGUCCAGAAGGAUGACCCCUCCGAGUGGUGGAAGCCGUUUGUCGAGGACCGAGAGCUAAACAAUGUGCACCAUUCCCCCAAGCUUCUGAUUCUGCUGCGAUUGCUGCAGGAGUGCGAGGCCAUUGGCGACAAGCUGCUUGUGUUCUCCCAAUCCCUGCAGUCCCUGGACGUCAUUGAGCACUUUUUGUCGCUGGUGGACAGCAACACAAAGAACUAUGAGUUUGAAGGUGACGUUGGUGACUUCAAGGGCUGCUGGACGAACGGCAAGGACUACUUCCGUCUGGACGGCAGCUGUAGCGUUGAGCAGCGCGAGGCCAUGUGCAAGCAAUUCAACAAUAUCACCAAUUUGCGGGCACGCCUCUUCCUCAUCUCCACGCGUGCCGGUGGCCUGGGCAUCAAUUUGGUGGCUGCCAAUCGUGUGGUCAUUUUCGAUGUCUCCUGGAAUCCCUCGCACGAUACCCAGAGCAUAUUCCGUGUGUACCGCUUCGGGCAGAUCAAGCCGUGCUACAUCUACCGCCUGAUAGCCAUGGGCACCAUGGAGCAGAAGGUGUACGAACGACAGGUGGCCAAGCAGGCCACGGCCAAGCGGGUGAUCGAUGAGCAGCAGAUAUCGCGGCACUACAACCAAACCGACCUGAUGGAGCUGUACUCGUACGAGCUGAAACCUAGCGCCGAGCGUGAGAUGCCCAUUCUGCCCAAGGAUCGGCUGUUUGCCGAGAUUCUCACCGAGCACGACAAGUUGAUCUUCAAGUACCACGAGCACGACUCACUGCUGGAACAGGAGGAGCACGAGAAUCUGACCGAGGAGGAGCGCAAAUCAGCUUGGGCCGAGUACGAGGCGGAGAAGACGCGCACCGUGCAGGCGUCGCAGUACAUGAGCUACGAUAGGAAUGCCUUUGGCAAUCAGGUGAUGGGGCAGUUUGGCAACGCCUCCGGCAGCGUGACCUCCAACAAGAUCUUCGGCUUCCGCUCGGACAUCCUCCUGCAGCUGCUGAACAUGAAGAUAUCUAAGGACCAUCAGGAGCUCACUCAGAACCAGGUCAUUCAGCUGGUGCCCACCUAUCUGCAGCAGCUGUACAACGAGAUGAACAACGGCGAUCCGACCAUGUAUAAGGAUCUGCUCGAAAUGCACGUCAACAUCAGGCAUCCCAGCGGGAUGUAUAUGAAUCCGCUGCUCUAUGCCAAUCAGCAGUCCUCGUCGGCUGGCUACAAUCAGGGCAGUGGCGGUAUGCCGACUGGAUCGGCAGCAACUGGAGCACCUGCUCCGGGCUUCGAGCCGGACAAGGUAUACGAGAUCGACUAAGAACCGAGCGAAUUGAACCAAUGGCAAGAUGGUUACUUUUUAAUUUAAAUAGUAGAUAAUUCGUCGACCUUGUCGAUCUUUCCUUUUCGACUUGCAAGUUACAAUUGUGGUUUUUCCUAUCUAAUUAAUUACCAAUUACCAUUUAACCCAUAAACGAGCAUAAGUAUGUAUUUUCCAUCAACUCUCUCAGUUAUUAAGUUCAAAACUGUCCUAAUUCAUGUGUAGACUUACAUUAGAUACAAGUUUAAAAAGGAAAAUCAGAUUAUGAUUUAAAUGAUUAUGAUUACACUAUAUACAGCGGUAGUCAAAAGUAUUUACACAACGAGCUAUUUGCACCUACCAACUUCUGUUUAUUCUUUUUAUUGUUGACCAAUUUUACUCAAUUUCUUUUUUUCGCGUAGCUUGAUCUAUGCAGAAGCCACCUACAUAGGUUUAUAGAAAGGACAUUGCUAAAGCCUAAAGAAUAGGUGAAUGUAAAGUGUCGUUUACAUUUUUUCAUCUGUAAUACUGUUUUAAGCAAAAAUCUCGUAAAUUACUUUAUUAACAAUCAAAAAAGAAGUUGGAAUGUGCAUAUAAUUUUGGAUUUGUGUAAACACUUUUGACUAGCUCUGUAGAUCAUGGCUAUAUGCAUACAUACAUAGCGCGUAUCCGGCUAGGAGACGCAGGAAUUUAAAUUAACACGCGACAAGAUAACAAACAAUAAAUAAAUGGCACAGAUAUAAA